AUGACUAGUUCCGGACAUGCGCUGUUGUCCGUUUUUCUUGUCGUCUGCUAAUUCAAAAUGUUUUUCUCGCUGGGUGUUUCUUCGGUUUCGAAAUUAUUGUUUGAAACACCUCAAUUAGUCGGAAAUGGAGUCCAACAAGUUCGGAACUAUUGGAGUAAAGCAUUAACAAGGAGAGAUAUGAAGAGGAGAAAAUUAGCCAAAGAAUUUGCACCAACUCGUUUACGUCUCGUUUGUAUAAAAAGAUGUAAAUUAUUACCACAAGAAAUUAGGGAUUGUGCUAGUAAGGAUUUUGAUUUUGUACCACGACAAUCGGCAUUGAGGCAAUUAACAGGACGAUGUGUUGUAACUUCACGUCCUCGUGGUAAUCUUAUGAGAUGGAGAUUAUCACGAUUCAUAUUCCGUGAUGCGGCGGAUCAUAAUCAACUUUCCGGAGUUCAACGUGCCAUGUGGUGAUUGAAACUUUAUAAAUUCAAAUUUCCAAACUAUGUUUUGUAGAAAAGUCCUGAAAUGUUAAAGUAAGUUUAUAAAAAUAAUAAAAAUUAUACCAUUAAGUUAAAAA